AGUCCGCACGGGGCAGCAAUUACCGAAACCGGGAAUCAGUGCUGAUCGGCAUGCGUUGGACCCUCGGAGCUUAAAGGGAACAUUGAUAGCCAUUACAAACAUGGGGCCCAAUAACCUCUUGCGAUGGUUUAUUCCCAACCUUUAUGAGGAUGCCAGUGCCCUGUUGUCCUUGCCGCUAUUUUUAGUCAGGCAUGUAAAGAGAUGUCAGAUAUCUGCAAAAGCUUGACAAUAUUACAGGAUCGAGAAAUGGAAUUUCAUGAUGUGGCGUAUACUAACGCCAACAACAGCCAUUUGUAAACUCUCACGCUCUGUAGUAUAUUCAUGCAGAUUUAGUGCUGCAUAAUUUCAUCUAUGACAGUGUUUUGUAAUAAUUUAUUACUUCAGCAUUUCGGAUUGUUUUUGAAGAUCAUUGUAGUCGCUCGCCGUUAUGUUUAGAGUCACGGUGGAAACAAAUUUAAAAUAUGUUAAUUUGUAUACCAAUUAAAUAGUUGGCCCAAAUGGAAUGUAUGUGUUUGGAGAUUCGGUGGAUGUUUGUGUUGGGGCGGGGGAACAAUUUUUUUGUCCUUGACAAGAUGCGCUAGUGACCUUGUUGAUUAUUCUGGGAGAGACUGAACAGAUUGAAAAAGCAGUGGGAAGCAAACCGGAAAGCUAGUGCAAUGUGAAACGGGCAGAUGAGACACAGAACCUAACUCGAUUGCAACUGAAGAGUGGACUGGCUUAUCAUUUUUAAACGCUUAUUUUUAAGUACUAAUAUCAGCUUAUGGUUUUAUUUUGCAGGGUAGGUAAUUGAAGCCUGUUUGCAUGUUGUUGCAGGCUGGAGAGAGGACUUGAAUUGUGGAGCCGCUGGAAGGUCAUUCUGCAGCGAGAGUCUUCCGUGUGUGUGCGGCACCUGGACACUCUGCUGGAGACCGACAGAUCAGCGGGAGAAAAACAGUGCUUGCGAGCGACAGCUUUCUGUCCUGGAAAUGCCUCUCUCGAUUAGGUUUACGAUUAAAACCUUACACCCGGAGCAUUUGUCUCUGCAUCUUUUAAAUCUGUUAGUUUGUGUUGCUUUGUUUAAUUGACACAUCAAAAAUAUAUUUUGUUUUGCAAUUUUUUUUCUUAUUUUCAAAAAUAGGACGAACUUUUUUCUUUAAAAUUGGGGGUUGCAGAGCUUUAAGAAGAUUCAGUCAUCUGCGACAACAAAUUUCAAGGGUGAACGGGCAGAAUCAGAGUUGGGCAAUUGAUGGGAUUUAAUUGAACGCAGAGCGGCGCUUUGGCUUCACUGGUACAGUAGAUAAAAUUGCUUUUGAUUAGCGAAUAUAUACUGGGUAUACUUACGCAACUCGGAGAUUUCCCCAGGAGAGCGCUAAAAACAAGUCCAGAGAGACUUCGGUACUCGUCCACGACCCUCUUCCUCUGAGAGACAAUGUAUUCGGAUCCCUCGGGGAGAGAUCUGUUGGGAAACAGAACCCUGUUUUUCAUCUUUAUUUGUUCUUUUGCAAUAGUCACUUUGCUGCAGCAGAUUCUCUACGGCAAGAACUACAUUAAAAGUGGACUGCAUUAUAAAGGGGAGAAUACAGAAGAGUUGGAUAAUGUGACAGGGACCUAUAAUUUCAUGAUUGAUGAAGGACAGAAGACUAACAGUGGUUUGAACAGCAGGUAUUUUGAGUUGCGUGAAGCUUCAUUUGAAUACAACUCAUCAACAUGCUGGAAGCUACGGAAUGAGAUCACGGAGGUGAAGGGACUUUCUAUGGUGAAACAGUCUGAACUGUUUGACAGAUGGAAGACCCUGCAGCUGUGUAAGUGGGAAAUGAAUGAGACUGCAGCCAAUAUGUUCAGAUCUCAUUUGACUCGAUGCUGCAAUGCGCCAGUGUUUCUAUUUACGACACAGAAGAACACCCCGAAGGGCAUUAAACUGAAGUAUGAAGUAGACAGCAGUGGCUUCCUCUUCAUCGAUGCUGAAGUCUUCCAGUUGUUUCCGAAGGAAAUGCCAUUUACACGCUCCCAGUUUAAGAAAUGUGCAGUGAUUGGGAAUGGAGGAAUCCUGAAGAACAGUAGGUGUGGGAAUGAGAUUGACUCUGCAGACUUUGUGUUCAGAUGUAAUUUGCCACCAAUUUCUGAAAAGUAUGCCACAGAUGUUGGACUGAAGACUGAUAUUGUGACAAUAAAUCCAAGUAUUGUAACUGAGAGAUUCCAAAAACUGGAGAAGUGGAGACGACCAUUUUAUGAAGUCCUACAAGCCUAUGAAAAUGCAUCUGUUGUUAUGCCAGCUUUCUACAAUACCCGCAACACAGAUGUUUCAUUCAGGGUCAAGUACGUCUUGGAUGAUUUUGAGUCUCAACAAUCCAUGUUCUACUUCCAUCCACGAUAUAUUGAGAAUGUUUCCCGUUUCUGGAUGAGACAGGGGCUCAGGGCCAAACGACUGAGCAGUGGCUUAAUGUUGGUGACAGCUGCCAUGGAGCUGUGUGAGGAGGUCCAUCUCUAUGGGUUUUGGGCAUUUUCGAUGGACCCCUCGGGUUUCUAUAUCACCCACCAUUACUAUGACAAUGUCAAACCUCGGCCUGGUUUCCACAAGAUGACUACUGAGAUCUUCAACUUUCUGCACAUGCAUAGUAAGGGGAUUCUCCAGGUCCACACUGGGACUUGUAGCUGAAAUUCAACAUCCUUCUAUAACUUGGGUGGACCUACCUAUAAAUGCCUAUCAACUAUAUUGAAUUUUACACAGUACACUUUGAUUUUCAUGGAAUGGAUCAUCCUUUAACAUUACUCUUUAGAUAAAUUUACAAUAAAUAGGCUAGUGAUGCUGUCACUGUGAUUAACUGUUCAAAAGGUGGAACACGGGUGUGUAGUUUUAAAGGCCCCUUAAGAGUUGGAUUUUGAUUUGUUAGGAUGUCAAAAUAUUAAUACACUGCUUUUGGGCUUUAUAGAUCAGUCAUUAUUUUACCAAAGAUAAUGGGAACUGCUGAUGCUGGAGAAUCCAAGAUGACAAAGUGUGAAGCUGGAUGAACACAGGAGGCCAAGCAGCAUCUUAGGACACAAAAGCUGACGUUUCGAGCUAGACCCUUCAUCAGAGAGCUUUUUUUUCGGUGGGCUUGAUAUGGACAUCAGUUUCUAGCUGAUUGCCUGAGAUAGAGACAGAGAGGUCCAGGAAGGUGAGGGAUAUGUUGGAGAUGGCCCAGGUGAACUGAUGAAGGGUCUAGGCCUGAAACAUCAGCUUUUGUGCUCCUAAGAUGCUGCUUGGCCUGCUGUGUUCAUCCAGCUUCACACUUUAUUAUUUUACCAAACUGUUUUCCAAUGACCUGAUUCUCCAAAGAACUCAAGAAAUUCUUCCAUAAUUUAGUAUAAUUUAAUCAUGGAUUGGUUUAGGUUUUCUAAGGCGCAGUUAGGGUUUACAUACAAGGGUAAAGAAUAUAACAUUCCUACCCUGCUUUGCCACCAAAAAGCAACAUUCACCACCCUUAAAUCAGAGGAAGUCAAUUAUCUUCAAGAUAUGGACUGAAAAUGAUAAAGAGAACAUGUAGAGAUAAUCAAAAUAAGCAGGUUUUAAGUGAUGUAAGUUUCAGAGCUUAAUUUCAUUAAAUUUGCGGGGACUGUUUCCUGCC